AUGGACGUGGAAAUGCAGAUGGAGGCUCAUGGAUUGCCAACGCAAUUCAGUUCAACCUCAGAGCAGCCAGAGGAGUCUCAUAUUGCUGACAACCUGGCCGCGUCAAUAUCAAAUUCAGAGGCGACAGUGAAUCCAAAUCCACCGAAACAGCCUGCAGUUGACGCAGCGCAACCAGACUCAGUCAAGGCAGUGCCGGACGCAGUUACAGAGGCAGUUACAGAACCAGUAACAAACACUGUCUCUGAAGCAGCCCCUGAAGUGGCGCCUUCAGUUUCCUCUGAGGCAGCGCUGCCACCACCACCUGCCACAAAUGGAGUCACAGAUCAUCCCAGCGAACCUGUCCAGGAACCCCCUACCGUUGUUCCCGAUUCGCAACCUCAAUCUUCAGCCGACAACCAAUCUGCGAACAUCCCAGUGGCGACAUCAAUAUCGGAAUCCAACCUGACUGAAUCUUUUAUUCCCUCUUCUAUGCCCGCAGAGACCCAGUCCUCGGUCACGCCGUUGGAGACAAGUCAGUCAACCAUGGAUAUUUCAGAACCCCCAACGCUCCCACCCGAGUUGCCGGUAUCCGAUCUGCGUACUGCGCCGCACUCUGAUGCACUGACUCCAAAAGCUGUGGCAAAGGUCGAGGCCCAGAAACAUGAGCUCGACAACUCUGCUGACCUAACCACCUCCCUCAAACCAGAGGUUGCCAACACUUCAUUCCAAACAGUGCCGAUCGUCGAUUCAGCCGCCACAAACAUCGGUCUUCCUUCCCCACCCGCGCAAUCCCCCCCUCCGGCACCACAAGCAGAACCUGCGACUUUGCCUGACCAGAAGCUCUCAGAUCGUUCUACCGCGCAACCAGAGCCGGAAGAAUCGGUGCAGGUCACAGAGUUGGCUCCUGCAGUGGAAGAACCCAGGGAACCCGCGCCAACACCGGCCGUCCCUGCUCCAGCUGAGCCCGAAGAUCAAGUGAUGACAGAUGCGUUGCCGCAACCGACCAAGCAGGUUCACGAACGCGAUGAAGACGCCGAAGAUGCAGAGCGUGCCUCGAAGCGCGUUAAGACAGACGAACCCCGCCCGCUGACUGAAGAGCCACAAUUCAAGAUUCCGGAUGUACCUCCACCCGUAGUGUCAUCGCCAGUCACAGCUAACGGCGACACUGAAGCUUCCGCGGCAGUCACGGAGGAUGGUGACGAUUCGGUUACACCAGCGCGCCUGGCACACAUGAAGAAAGUGAUUUCCAAUCUAAAGAAGAGCAAUGCGUCUGGACCUUUCAGACUUCCGGUGGACUAUGUCGCACUCAACAUCCCAACAUAUCCAGAGAUCAUCAAGCAACCCAUGGAUCUAGGCACAAUUGACCAGCGGUUGAAACGCAACGAAUAUUCGUCGGUGGCUACAUUCGUGGCCGACUUUGAACUGAUUGUGCAUAACUGUUUCACUUUCAACGGGCCCGAUCACGGAGUCUCACAACAAGCCAGAAAAAUGAAGGCAUCGUUUGAUGGCCAAAUGAGGAACCUGCCCAAGGCCAGCAUCGAAGAGCCUUCGAAAGAGGUUAAGAAAGCAGUCAAGAAACAAGAACCGACGAGAACAGCGCCUCCGCGACGACCGUCCGUGAGUACAUCUACGCCGAAUGUCGGUGCAGCUAGUUCACCCAGCUCGGCCGCUCCCCCAACUCCUGCUUUCGCACCGAAUCCUGAUGGGAUGCCUCUGAUUCGACGCGAUUCGAGUUUGACAGAUGGCCGACCCAAGAGAGCCAUUGUUCCCACUAAGCGUAACUCCGAGUUUGGAGGCGGCAGACCCAGGAAGAAGAAGUAUGAGUUGCAACUGAAGUUCUGCGAUGAAGUUCUGAAGGAGCUCAUGAACGCAAAACACUGGCAAGCAAACCAAUACUUCAUGUAUCCCGUGGAUCCGGUGGCCUUGAACAUCCCAACAUACUUCCAGAUCAUCAAGAAGCCGAUGGAUUUGACAACGGUGAAGACCAAACUCCAGAACAACGCUUACGAAAAGGCCAAGGACUUUGAGGAGGACAUCCGGCUAAUAUUCAAAAACUGCUACAAAUUCAACCCUGAAGGCGACUUGGUCAACUCUUCUGGUCAUCAACUGGAGGAUUUGUUCAACAAGAAAUGGGCGACGAAGGAUGACUGGCUUGCUGCGCGGGAACCACCAUCAGUCACGCAAUCGGAUGUGGAUGACGACGAAGAGGAAGAAGAGGAAAGCGAAGAUGAAGCGGAGGGUGAUAGCGAAGAGGAGCGGAACGAAAAGAUCAAAAAGCUGCAGGCACAGAUUGAGGAGAUGUCGAAGCAGAUGGGUGAAUUGACGCAAAAGAAGGUCAAGAAAUCCAAAUCGCCGCCCACGAAGAAGAAGGACAAGUCGAAACCCAAAAAGGAGAAAUCCGAGGGCGCAGUCUCCAAACCCAGCAAGGACAAGAAGGAAAAGAAGAAACCCCAAUCCAAGAAGCAAGAGAAAGACCGAUAUGUCACGUUCGCCGAGAAGCAGUACAUUUCUAACGGAAUUGCCAUGCUGCCGGAGAAACAAAUGCAGGAAGCCUUGCGCAUCAUUCAGCAGAGCGUCCCAUCCUUGGCCAACAGUGAUCAGAACGAAAUAGAGCUGGAUAUCGAGGAAGUCCCUAACAGCGCACUUCUGAAGCUACUCGGCUUUGUCAAAAAAUAUGCCGGUCCCCCUCCAGAUGAGCCCAAAGUGGAACAUGCUGCCGAGGCCUACCAUGCGCCGGCUCAUCAGAAAAGCAAGAAGAGCAAGCCCAUGAGCAAACAUGAGCAGGAGGCACAGAUUGAGGAGUUGAAGGGCAAGCUGGGAGCUUACGCCGGACCCAUUUCCCCCAAUGCCGUACCUUCGAUAGAGACGGGCGACAGUAGCGACGAUGACAACUCAGAGGAGAGCGAGGAGGAAUAG